AUGGAAACAGUACUUCAAGAGAGUAUACUUGCAUUGACCUUCAAUCACGAGAGAAGUAGUAUAAUCUACUUGGCUCAACCAAUUUUCUAAGGGGAGAACCCAAUAAACGAAUUGAUUGAAUUGGAUUUGCACAAUCAAACAGUAUUGGAGAGAUACAUCAUAUCAAAGCAAUUGCCUAACCAACCACCGUUUAUGCUUAUCACUUCAAGAAGGAAAGGAUAUUUGAUUUUGGCAUUCCAACCAUCCUUGAUGGAGAUAUGGCAAUUGGGAAGCAGUGCACAAGGAUUCAAUCAAUCCAUUUGGUCAGGUGAAACCAAGGGGAGGAGUGGAUACGAAAUUUAGCAUGCUGAUGUGAGCAAUCUGGAUGGCAUUCUAUUCUUUAGUGCUAUAGAUCAAAGAAAUAUUUAUUGUGCCAAUAUUGAUGACACAAUUCAGUCGAAUGGAAAUGAAUUGAAUUUAAGUAAAUUGAGAUUGCCUGAAAGAGUAAGCGUCAACGAUUUGAAAUGUCAUCCUACAGAUUAUAAAAUUUGCAGUGCAUGUUCAGAUGGAUUAGUCAGAGUGUGGAAUCAAACCACUUACACUCAAUUAAAUAGUAUAUAAGAUGAACACAACAUAAUUAUCUCACUGGCAUUCCAACAAGAUGGACAAAAGUUGCUAUGUGGAUGCGAUAAUGGCAAGAUUCUGUGUUAUGAUGCUAAGACCUUAGGAGAUAGAAACAUAUUGUUGGCCAUUUAUUAGUUGGAGUAGAAUCAUAACAAUGGGAUAUUGUGUUUACAUUGGGUAAAUUACAACGGAGCCAUCAAUUGUAGUUAAUUUUUGGCUUAUCUCUAUGAUGGAAAUAUCAAAUUAUUAAAUAUUAAAUUACUUGUACCCUAGGAUAUGAUCAGAGAUCAAAAGGUAUCCAAAUCAAAAAAAUAAGAACUCUUUGGAAGCAUCAAAGAAAUUCAAAAUCUAUUAGCCAUUAAAAAUGAUCUAAAAUACAAUGCUUAGAGACAAUAACCAAAUAUUGGAUUAUCAAAAUUCAUAUAGAUUCAUCCCUAUGCCAAUUUUAUCAGUCUUAAUUCCAUCAAGACAUUGCCAGAUUAAACUCUCCAAAGCUAGAUAUUCUACCAAUACAAAACGUAGAUCAUUCUACUCAAUGAUAACACCAAUCUCUUGGCUGAAUACCCUGUGUGUUCACAAUAGUAUUAGUAUUCCUUUUAGGAACUUUUUCCAGAUGAGAAUAAUCGAAUCUUAACCUAAAGAUACCUCUACUAUAUUGAUCAACACACUAUGGAAAUCAAAUAAUAUUGUCUAGCUAAAGGAAUAUUGAAAUCAAUUGCCAAUCUAAGAUAGAUGAUUUUGGUUGAAAAUCCGAUCUUCUACCAAUUAAGUGUGAGACCAAACUCUCUCAAAUUCGCUCAAAGAACGCAGUUCCUCCUAAGUUAUAAGAUAGAAACAACGUAUAGAUGUUGUACAGUGAUGUCUAAUGAUGGAGUAUUAUCGGAUAACUUAAAGGAAUAUCCUGCCAGAUUUUCCAUGUUCUUAGGUGAAGAAUGUUGGGCGAAUCCUCCAUUGUUUUUGUUGUAUGAGGAUAGAUCAAGCUAUAGUAUAAUAUUCGAGGAUACUCUACCUUAAGAGGAAGAUAUGUUAAAACUAUUGAAUAAAUAAGACAAGGACAAAUUAUAAAACUAAAUGAAACAGUCAUUAAAUUUAAAGGUGUAGAGAAUGUUUUGGACUCCUUUGAGAUCAGGGUUCGUUGUAAUUUACCAGCCAAUGAAUGAAAACAUCUUAAAAUUUAGUAGAAAUAGAAAUCCAGAUAAUAAUCUCUUAGAUCUAUUGAUGUAAAGUGGUUCCGAAAUGAUCUUCAAAUUUGGGAGUGACGAGUAAGUGACAGAUUUAGUCUGGCAGAAGGAUCAAUACAUUGGAGCUGUUGUCACCAUUCAUAAUGUGUAUAUAGUGGAUGAUAGUUUGAAUACUCUUAAAUUGAUAUCACUCCAACCAUAAGUGAAUAAAAAGAAUCGAAUUCUAUUGACAUAUUGGAUGGCUCAGACCUUAAUUCUAUAAACUAAAUUCCACAUACUAUAUGUUUUGCUCAAUGGCACUUGUGCUUCUAUAUAAUCAAUUGAUAAUUAUGAGGAAAAGAAUGUGCUUUCAGCUUUGUUGUGGGAUAGGAUGAUUUUAUUAUGUUAGAGUCAUUCCAAAAAGUAAAAUAAUAUAGAAAUCAAAACUAAAUGGAUCAAUAUUAUCUAACCCAUUUUGCAAGGAUAUAUACACAAUAAAAGAUUCUUUAAUUAAGAUGUAGAUGAACCUACUAUCACAAAAUUGCUAUUGACCUUUGCUAAUCCAAAUAUUGAUUAUUCUCUCAUUAAAGACUUAGAAUAGUAAAAAUAACACAUUAUCAUAAAGAUUCGUCUCAUGUGCCAAGUUUAUUAUUUAACUUGA